AUGGCAGUAGCUGAGAACGGAAGACCUAUAGAGAGUGUCAAAGACAGACCCAAUGGGCAUGCUGUAGGACCGCCUACACGGCGACCUGCUCGCCAUCACCAUCGCCGGAGCUGGGCCUCCUGGCUGUUCAACAAUUCUGCGAGGCUUGCUAUCUGGUACUGCCUCCUCACCAUCCUAUUCAACUGUCCUUCGUCGCGGACUGCCCUUACCGAUACCUCUCCGGGAAUAUGUGGACCGUACCUUACCGCAAAGGAAUAUAUCCAACCACAUCUGCAACCAUAUUACGAUGAGUACGCAGCUCCUUACGUUGCCAAAACCGAGCCAUACGCACACCUGGUUCAUAGCCGGGUGGUGCGGCCUGCAACCAAGAUUGCUGUCGUCAAUUAUGAAAAAUAUGCUGCUCCGAAGAUCGAUGCUGCAAAGGCAUACUCUCAAGCUCAAUGGGACCAAGUUAUCAUGCCCCAAAUUAAUCUGGCACGAGAAAAUGCUGCUCGAUUCUACGAGAGCAAUCUGGGACCUCACGUUGAUCAGUUUGUUGCAAUGGCUGGUCCUUAUUACACGUCAGCGCGAGAUCAGGCCUAUCAAAUAUUCCAACAACAUCUUCUCCCAGCAAUGGAAUACUCCCGGCCCCAUCUUCACAACGCAUACAGUCUCUGCCAAGACUUCGCCCUGAACACCGCAUAUCCUCUUCUGCGACAUGCCUGGUCGGACCUCGUUAUUUUCAUGGAUGGCACUUUCUGGCCUUUUGUGAAGGGUCUUUACAUCGACAAUGUUAGGCCUCAGCUGGUCAUGAUCAAUGAGAGGAUCACCAAGUAUCGAGAGAGCCGACAAUUGAAGGCCGCCCUGGACGAAGUAGAUAGGACCCAAUCAGCCUUCACUGCUUCUGCCACUCCAAGUGUGACCACCGGUAUCAUGGAUGAUGUGUAUGCCAUGUUUGAUUCGGAAGACACAUCAGAGUCCUCUACGACGACCUCUCAAGAAACCCAACCGACAGCUCAAGAACGUGUGAAACGACCUGUGGUAUACGCUACAGAAGAACAAAUAGCUGAAGAUCUCAGAAGCUGGCAAAAGAAGUUUGCGGUGGCGGCUGAUAAAGGGAGCGAUGACCUUCGAGAGCGAGUCACCUCUCUUGUCCACAGUCUUGUCAAGAGCGACAUUGAUGGAGUCGGCCGAGGACUGGCCAAAGCUUUGGAAAAGACCGCGCAAAAUGAGUUGGAGAAAGUCAAAACAAAGAUAAAGUCGGUCGUUGCUUCACUUCCUGAUGAUGCGAAUGCAGAGGCGGUGAAAAGGGCUGCAGAAGAAAUUAUUGGAUCAAUCAGAUCAUCAGGCGCUGAAAUCAAGGAGCGUGCCAAACAUGUCCGCAACUGGUCUAAGAACUUUGAACAAGGCUUGAUACAAAGACUUGAAGCUGCCUCCGCCUCAACUUUGGAGGUCUUAGAUGGGAUUAAGGAUAUCGGUCUCCAAGAAGUCGGGAUGCGCUGGGCUUGGAUGGAAGGAGUCACCUACAAACACUGGGAGAAGUUUCAUGAGGUCCGAAAGACGCUCGAUGAAUGGAAAACCGAGGUCAAAGACGUUGCCAUGCACAGCCCAGAGGCAGAGGAAGCAAUUGCCACAGCUCGACAAAUUCUUGAAGAAAGCAUGGCAAUCACCGAAGACGCAGCGAAAGAACUGGGUAGACUCAAGAGUGUUGCCCAAUGGAAGCUGAAAGCCCGCGAUGCAUCGGACGAUUUUGAAACCCGAAGUAUGCCGGCUGAAGCGUUAUCAGCUGCCUCCAGCCUGGCCGCCGACCUUCAAGGCGCACCCUCAGAAGCUGUACAAUCUGCCCGCUCUAUCCUGUCACAUGCGAGUGAUGCUGCCGCCGAAGCGGUCUCGUCUGCAUCCUCUGCAGUCGCAGGCACAAGCACUGGCACCGUCGAGUCCGCAACGUCCAAAGCCAGCGAGACAGGUGAAGCCCUCUCAUCGGUCUUGUCCUCGUUGGAAUCUUCCAUCGCGGAGUCUGUGGAGUCUCUGGGAUCCGAUAUCAGCGCCACUGCUGAAGACGCCUAUAGUUCUGCAUCGUCGGCUAUCAUUGGAACUGGCUCCGGAACUGCUGAGGCCAUCUUUUCUGACGCAAUAGAGACUGGCUCAAGCUUGACAGGAGACGUGAUGGACUCGGCGACCGCGGCAUCAUUAUCAAUCGAAUCGAUCGAAUCGAUCGCUUCACCAUCAACCGAUGAUCUCCACUCAGCAAACGCUGCUGCAGAUGAUAUUGCCAGCUCCGCCUCAGCCGCCUCAGAUUCGGCAUCCACUAGAGUAUCUAAGGUCUUUGGAGGUGCCAUGGCGGCAGAGGUGAAGGGCUCUAUGCCUAUCCUGGACGACAUGUUUGACAACAGCGAAGGUUCAACAUUUUCUGAGAAUAUUCAAAGCGUGAUCAAUGAAGCCGGAGAUCGAUACGCAGAUCUCACUCGUGCAGUGUCCGAAGCCAUGUUUGGAACAUCUCAAGGCACAGUGGAAAGCUUGACAUCUAUUGCGAGCGAGCAAUAUACCAGCGCUUUAGCUGCAGCUUCCAGUGUCUUGUACGGCGCGCCUACAGGUAAGGCAGAAAGUAUUGCAAGCGCCGCGUCUGAAAAAUACGAGCAAGCCGUGGCUGCUGCAAGCUCAGUCAUCUUCGGAACACCUGCUCCCGUCACCGAUUCAUUGCUUCAGCAAGCCAGCUCCCUCUACAGUGAGGCCGUCAGCAGAGCCGAGGACAAUUACAACGCCGCAAAAUCGAUUGCCUCUCAGCGGAUUUCCGGCACCCCAAAACCUCUUCAUGAGCAAAUGUUCUCCUCGGUUGAGUCAGCCUAUUCUGGCGCAGUGGCUGCUGCGAGCAAUAGACUUGAAUCUGCCCGUAGUUCUGCGUCAAAUGCACUUCCGGAGACAAACCCCCUUGAGUCUGUAUCGUCUAUGGCAUCGUCGAUUUUGCAAGACUCUCUAACUGCAGCCUCGGCUCAGUACUCGAAGGCGAAGCUUUUUGCAGGGGCCACCCCUACACCUGCUCGGGAAAGAUAUCUCCAAGAGGCAAGGAAGAAAUACUAUGCAGCCGUGGGAAUGGCACACGAGCAGUACAAUGACUUUGUUGCAGUGGCUUCGAGUGCAAUCUACGGAACACCCACACCUGUGUUGAGCAGCAUGUCGAGUGCUGUAUCGGUUGGAAUCUAUGGGACACCGGUGCCAGCGUACCAGAGUCUCCUUGACUCAGCCGCUUCCCAAUAUUCGGCAGCGUCGUCCGCGGCUGCUUCCAGCCUGGACUCUUUCAGAUCGUCCUCAGGCGCAACAGUGCAAAGGCUGUUGGAUGAAGCCGUGGCAGCCUAUUCAAGUGCCGUUGACGCGGCCUCGUCUUCGUUAUCGUCGGCAUCCUACUCUGCAAGCACUGCCAUCUAUGGCACAUCUGCGCCAUUCUAUCAGACCGUUUUGGACGUUGCAUCAUCACAGUAUAACGCUGCUUCCUCAGCAGCCGCCUCGCAAAUGUCUGAAAUGCUCGAAUCCGCCUCGUCGGCGCUAGGCGAGGAAAGCUCUCCAGCGCAGAGCAUUCUUGAUUCCAUCUCGUCACAAUACGACGCAGCCGUCUCUGCGGCGUCUUCAUCUCUCUCCGCAGCCAGCUACGCUGCAAGUGCUGCCGUCUACGGUGUCCCAAGCGGCUCCGUUGAAUCCAUCUCCAGCGUGGCAUCUGAGCAUUGGCAAGAUCUUGUGACUAAAGCCAGCGAACAAAUCUACGGCACUCCCAAACCAUUCUACGAAGAGUUCGCUACCCAAGUGGGAGAAUAUUCUGCUCAGGUCACCGACUUUGCGAACGAUCAAUAUGUUGUCAUCCAGUCAUAUGUCUCGGAGCUGAUAGUGGGCAAAGAACCUGAUUUCACUGAAUCGGUGAUGAGCCGCCUCAGCUCUGUCUACUAUACGGGCUACAGCUCGGCCUCCAGUCUUGCGAGCGAAGCGUAUGACUCGGCAUCAUCCAUGGCUUCCUCCGUCUCCUCUGUCGCGUCAUCCUACUUCACGCCUCCUCCCGAAGUCUCAUCCAUCUUGGAUUCGGUGACCGGACAACUCAACUCCGCAGUCGACGCGGGAAGCGCACAGAUCUACGGGACACCAAAGGGAACCGUCGAACAAGCAUCUUCUGUUGUUGCCGAUAGUUACGCCUCCGCCAGCGCGGCAGUCAGCGGAGCUAUCUAUGGCACCCCCGUUGGAUACGCGGAGGCCGCAUCGUCCUCAUUUGCUGACUUGGCGAAGAGUGCACAGGAUGCCGUAAGCAUUGCUAUCCACGGCACGCCGACGGGAACGAUUGAAUCGUUAACCAGCGCUGGGGCGGAUACGUACGCGUCUGCAUCAUCCAUCGUGGCCGAGAAUGCGGCUGCGGCGGCUUCUGCAAUAAGCGAUACUGUCGAGGGCGUAGCCGCCAAAGUCUCAGAAGCUGUCUAUGGACCUGAACAGAGUUAUAUGGAAAGCAUCAACUCACAGAUCAUGGAAGCAGUGGGAAGUGCCAGUAGCAAGAUUGCCGCCAUGGUGAGUGACGUCAGUGAAGGCGCCACGGGAACAGCGAGUGCUGUGAGUGAAAGUGUGGAGAGCAUAGCCAGCUUUGUAAGUGAGUCUGUGAGCAGCGCGACAAGGUACGUCAAGGAUGAGUUGUAA